GUCUCAUUUCUCUUUUCUGUCAUUCUGACUCUCGUUUCUCGACAAAAGCAGUCAAGUAUCAGCGAUCAGUGUUUCAUUUUUCAGAAAGUGAAAGUAUAGUUUAGAUUGCUGGAGCUCAAACAGUGAAAAUGGCUUCAUUAGCUAAAGAUGAUUUUUCUUGUCCCGUGUGCUGUGAAAUCUUCAACAAUCCUGUUGUUUUAUCAUGUAGUCACAGUUUCUGUAAAGAGUGUCUUCAACAGUUCUGGAGAUCCAACAAAACUCAGGAGUGUCCUGUCUGCAGGAGAAGAUCCUCAAGAGAUGAUCCUCCAUGUAAUCUUGUGUUGAAAAACUUGUGUGAGUUGUUCCUGAAGGAGAGAAAAGAGAGGCGUUCAUCAGGAUCUGAGGAGAUCUGCAGUUUACACAGUGAGAAACUCAAACUCUUCUGUCUGGACGACAAACAGCCUGUGUGUUUAGUGUGCAGAGAUUCACAACAACAUGAUAAUCAUAAAUUCAGACCCAUAAGUGAAGCUGUUUCAUCAAAUAAGGAGGAGCUCAAUACAGCACUGAAGUCCUCACAAGAGAAAAUUCAACACAAUGAAAAAAUGAAAGGAGAGUUUGAGAAAACAGUUCAACACAUCAAGUCUCAAGCUGAUCACACAGAGCUUCAUAUUAAACAGCAGUUUGAGAAGCUUCAUCAGUUUCUCAGAGAUGAAGAAGAAGCUACAAUCACUGCACUGAGGGAGGAAGAAGAGCAGAAGAAGCAGAUGAUGGAGGAGAAGCUGGAGGAGAUGAACAGACACAUCUCAGCUCUUUCACACACAAUCAGAGACAUGGAGGAUAUGAUGAAAGCCAAUGACAUCUGCUUUCUGAAGGAUUUUCCAGUCUCAAUGGAAAGAGUCCAGAUCUCACAGCCGGAUCCACAGAUGGCUUCUGUAGCUUUGAUUCAUGUGCCACGUUACUUGGGCAACCUGCAGUUCAGAGUCUGGAAGAAGAUGCAGGAUAUUGUCCAAAACACUCCUGUGAUUCUGGAUCCAAACACUGCGAAUCCAGAUCUAGUCCUGUCAGAUGAUCUGACCAGCUUGAGAGACAGCGGGAACAAACAACCGCUUCCUGAUAAUCCAGAGAGAUUUGAUAUCUAUUCCUGUGUUCUGGGUUCAGAGGGUUUUAACUCAGGAACACACUGCUGGGAUGUGGAGGUUAAAGAGAAUUCAGCUUGGAGUCUUGGAGUAACUACAGCAUCAAACCAGAGGAAGGGAUUUGAUUUCUUCAACACUGAUGUCUGGAGUGUGCGGUACAGUGUGUUUACGCAGACUGGUUUUCCUGUUGAACAGUAUCUUGAGCGUGUGAGAGUGUAUCUGGACUAUGACAGAGGAACAGUGUCAUUCUCUGAUCCUGUAACUAACACACAUCUACACACAUUCACAACCACCUUCACUGACACACUCUUUCCUUUCUUCAGUUGUUCUUCCUCUCUAAAGAUCUUGCCAUUGAAUAGUCAGUAAAUGUUGCUCCUGUA